GAAGUUCAAUAUAUUGAUUAUUAGUUUACAAGUACCAAAUAUUUGUGUGGUCCCGUCUUCGCUCAGACUAUUUUGAUCAUACCUUUUAUCUGUGAACUGUGUUUGUAAUUGGAGACGGAUAAUCAGUAAAUGUUUAUUCUUUCAUUAUGGGCAAAAACGCUAUUGUUAUUUUCGUCAUUAUAGAAUUGGCGUUUACAAAUGCUGAAAACAGCUUAAUAACAGGGAGGAAUGAAACCUUUCACACAGAGAUGUCUUCUGUAGCGUUCAAUUGGACAUCAGAUAAAGCUAUUGACGGACAGAUCGGUAAUGAUCCUGAUACUUGUGAAUGCUGCAGCGGGACAAUGAAUAGCGCAACAUCUUGGUGGACAAUUGAUCUUGGAAAGAUGUAUCCCUUAGCGAGAGUGAUCGUUCAAGGUCGAGAAGCAGAAAACAAAUUCUUACAACUUCAAGGGUUCCGUCUUUCUUUGAAAAAUUCUACUGACCAAAAGCAACAAUUGUAUUACAACGACGGUAAUGUGCUGACAUCAGACCAGAACACAACUGUUGAAUUGUACAAUGUUUUAGCCAGGCAUGUAACUAUAGAAAGAUCUGGUAUACUUACGAUAUGUGAAGUGAAAGUGUAUGAGGGAGAUUGUAGGCUAGGAUCGUAUGGUGAGGAGUGUUCUAAGGAAUGUCAUUGUUACAGCACAAAUGAUGGAAACUGUAAUAAAUCAACUGGACAUUGCAACUUACCAUUCUGUAAAAUAGGUUGGAUAGGACCUGCAUGUGACACGAGGUGUGCAACGGACACAUUUGGUGAAAACUGUCGAGAAGAAUGUUUCUGUGAAGGCAAUACUACAUGUACAAGUGACUAUGGAAUUUGUGAAGGUCAAUGCAGAAAGGGUUAUCAUGGAAUUCAUUGUAACAAAGUAUGUGAGGAUGGAACCUUUGGGACUAAUUGCAAUGGAAACUGUUACUGUGCCGCUGGCAACGGAACUUGUACCAAGGACGAAGGAGUAUGCCCCGGUCCAUGUGCUAAAGGCUACAAGGGAGUUCAUUGUAACGAAGAAACAAAUGAAGAAAAAAGUCCGGUACUAACUAUCGUCCUUUGCAGUGUUGGCGGAUGUGGUUUUAUAAUUUUUAUUUUCGCCAUAGGACUUUACGUGUUCAGAAGGCAUCAUCUAAGCAGGAGAACACUCACCGAUCACACGGCUCAAUCAGGGGACAGGACAGAGGUACUAAUGACUAUAAAUAAAAAGAAUAUAUUUUAUAUUAAUGAUAUUGUUGUAGACGUAAGGUAUUGUGUAAAUGUUUUCGAAGAUGAUACCGGCCUUAAUUUAACUGUCGAUCAUCCACUAUCUGCAGCUGAUAUUCUUCAUUGUGAUAUCAAUAAAAAACUCUUUUGGGGCUGGCAAAUAGCUGGUGAAGUUCAAUCCCUUUAAAUCUGAAACAAUGUGACUCACCCAUGGAAGAUCUA